GAUGUGGCGGUGUUGCAAUACCAAGCCCCAAGUCUGGCCGCUGCUUUCUUGGCCUCCGUUUUCCAGGGUUCAGCUGAGAAUGCACUAGUGCUGGAUGUGGCCUGUGGCACAGGGCUUGUGGCCCAGGAGCUUCAGGCAAAAGGUUUUCGCCAUCUCCAUGGCCUGGAUGGCAGCCAGGAGAUGUUGGAACACGCACGGCACAAAGGACUGUACGAGGAUUUGAAGUUGUGCUUGCUGGGCCAGGAAACUUUACCAGCUCCUGAAG